AUGGUGAACCAAACAAGCACGUUAACACCGGGAUUAUCUAUAUUUCUUUCUAGUAUGAAUUUUGUUUUUUCCGUCGCUGCCUUUGUUGGAAACAUACUCAUCAUGAUUGCUCUUUGUAAAGUGUCCGCUAUUCAUCCACCGACAAAAUUGCUAUAUCGAUGCCUUGCCCUCACCGAUCUUUGCGUUGGCCUUUUCCUGCAACCAUUGCUUGCUAUCCGAAUACUUAAUAUCGUGACAAAGACCAUUACCCCUGAAAAUAUGUUUUACUUCAUCGAGGCAAAUUCUUCUUUAAGUUUCAUUUUGUGUGGAGUAUCAGUCGCUACAUCGACCGCUAUAAGCUUGGACAGACUUCUCGCUCUCAUAUUGGGCCUGCGAUACAGAAUCGUUGUAACGUUAAAACGAGUUACUGUAGCGGUUAUUUGUUUCUGGUUAAUUGGUAUUUUGUUCGGAAUGAUGGGAUCUUUCGUGAGCUUUCGAAUCGCUUUAAAUGGCGCUGUGAUCUUGGGAAUACUUGCUCUGGGGAUCUCACUCUUUUCUUACGUGAAAAUUUUCCUCAGACUUCGGCAACACCAAAGUAGAGUGCAAGAGCAACAGAACGAAGGAUUAACGUCAUUAAAGAUGCAACGAUACAAGAGAACCGUUUCCAGCAUAGCAUGGGUUCAGGUGACAUUGUUAGCUUGCUAUGUUCCAUUUAUUGUAGCUACAGUGUUAAGGGGUAUUACGAGGGACAAUGAAAUUGCGUGGAAUGCUUCAGUCACAAUGUUAUACCUUAAUUCUUCUCUUAACCCACUGCUUUAUUGCUGGAAAAUGAGAGAAAUGAAACAGGCAGUUAAGGACACGCUAGCACAGUCUUGCUGUGAAUCAACUUGA